GCAUUUUAAAAAAUUACGCGGCACGAUAGACGCGCUCGUCGUUCACAAAAUAUAAAUUUGUAAUUUCGCGUGUUUUGUGCUAAUAUAGUUAGUGUCUACUUUAAAACAUCUUAGGUUUUGCAGUGAAGAAUCCUAAUUUGAAAAAUGAGUCAGAAAACGUCGCGUAAGGGGGUGGUUACCGAAGAAAAAGAAAAGAGACAAACAGACAGCCCUGUGAAGGACAUGAAAAAGAAAAUGGCUGCUAACGCCGAGAAAGAAAAGCAGACAGCAGAGAAAUCAGUGGAAAAGGUUGAGAAACCUGUAGAGAAAGUAGAUAAACCCGCUGAGAAGAGUGAGAAAACUGCAGAAAAGAAGACAGACAAAGUGGAAAAGAAACCUGAACCAGAGAAGAAAGAAGACAGCAAUAAGGAUGAUAAAGCGGCAAAGUCGGAGAAGUCUGAAGCGAAGUCGACAAAGCCUAAAUCUAACGGGACCGCGCGCGUUAAUGGCACCGCCAGUAACGGGGACCACAACGGAACGGUGAGUGCCACGCCGGACUAUGAAGAUGUGGACGAAGAGGACGAAGGGGAGGGGGAUGAGAUGUUCCCUGAACUGACGUACGAUGACACUUCCGAUCCGGAGUUCGAACCGGACGCGCCGCACGGCCGCAGCAUCACCCGGAGGUCGCAGGCGAAAGUGACGCGAACACCGGAGACCCCGCGCCCCGCCUCCCAGCGGAACAACGAGCCCGUAGACGAUUCAAAGGAUUCUAAAGUACUCAAGCUGAAGGAAGACGUCCCUUCUACGGACCGUAAACUUCGCUCCGCCGACUCGCCAAAACCAGACGACAAGAAGCAACAGCAGAGUAAACCGGAACCCGCUAAAAAACCGCAAGAGUCACAAGAGAAACCCCAAGAAGUAUCUAAGAAAUCACUGGAAACGCCGCAGAAGAAGGAAGAAUCUGUUAAAAAAUCUCCCGAGUCGCAAGAUAAGGCGCAAGAGUCCAGUAAAAAGAUGCAAGAUUCUCCCAAGAAACAACAAGAGACCUCUAAACAGCAGGGAAACGAGACAAAAGAGAAAAAAGAGGGAGAGGAGAAGGAGAAUGGCGACGACAAAGUGGUGGUUAUCGAAGUCGUAGAAAUCGACGAUGAAGAGGAGCCGCGCAAAACGGACACUAACUUCUCAAAGAGCCGCGUCAAGGUGUCCCCAUACAGGCGCAGUAUGAGGGCUGAUCACACAGCCAGCUCUACUAUGGCGAACUACACAGGGAACAACACGACAAUGGAGAUGGACUUCACCGAGAGUUCGUUCUCGACCACCACAGAUGUUUCCUUGGACGACAGCUCGUACCUGGGCUCGCUGCGUAACAUCCGCGGCCGUCGCUCCUACAAGCAGCUCAAAGAGAUGACUCUGAGGCAUGUCACUGAGAAACAACACCGGCCUAAUACUAGUGGAUCAGCAUCAGAACAACCUGCCCGACCCACCGGAACAGUGGUCGGUCGCAAACGCAAGCCUGACGGCGAUAUGGAAACGGGCGUGGAACCCGCCGCCAGCGAGGCCGGCAAGAGGAUGCGGCUGUUCGACCGUCUUACUCACUCGCUGCGCACCACCACGCUACCCGCGCUGCCCGCCAGGAGGAACGCGGAGAUCGUCGGGAUCAACACUGACUUGCCUUUGACGGCGCCAGUCGCUUCUACAGAGACAUUUGACCCCGAAACCUUGAAGGCUACAUCGACGCCCACCCCCUCAACAAACCCUGACCCUAUCCCUGUCUCGCCAAUUGAGAGCGACAAGGACAACAAGCGCUGUAUCGUCAUGUAAGUCCAUUCACUCUGGCUUUGAUGGAGAGUAGUCUUUGUCUAAUUUUGGAUCAAAGAACUUUAAAAUGUAUUUUGAUGGUGUCCAUUGCAUUAUGGAUUACAAUUUGUAAUCGAUCGUGCUUACAAGAAAAAUCUAAGAAAUUUGUUUCUGAAACUUAUAUUGAUUGUAUACUCGAUGUUAGAGAUAUACUUAAGAUAAUAAAAUUUUAAUUAUGUGUCACGUCACAUCGGAAGAAUCGCCACGACGUUUGUAAAAGAAAGUAUUUUUUCUUGAUGAAUAUAAAUUUUGUACUUGGAAAGUAAAUGAAAUCAUCAGAAUCUUUCUUUAGGAUAAAAAUGGCACAAAUUAUGAGACAAAUAAAUAAUCAAUCAUAAAAUGCCAA